UUGAGGGGUUGGUGAUCUUUCAGCGCUUAGUCAAUCGACAACUUUAGUAUAAACAAGUAUAGAGAUCAUUUCACGCACAUCCUAAUGUUCAUACAGUGAAUGGCUGCUGAUUUUAAAGAUCAAGCAUGACUGAUGCAGCAACAACAGCAACUGGGUGUUAAAGUUUGGCUUUGUGAAUAGGUUUGUUUCCUGGAUGCUGGUUUUAUUUACAUGGACCAAGAUACACUCGCUGAAACUCUUGCGUCUUACAUGAGGAUUUAGUUGAGCUGAGGAUGGCGGAUAUUAGGACAUAUAAUGUUGUUAUUUUGGGAAUAGGAUUUUUGCUCAUUUUUACAGCCUUCACCACCUGUGGUAAUAUCGAACAAACAGUGGUGAAAAGCUUGAAUAGCACUAACUUCACUGGGAGUGGCUAUCAUAGCCUUGGAAUAAUAUAUGGAGUUUUUUCAUUCUGUAAUGUGUUAGCUCCCAUUAUCGUUGCAAUAAUUGGACCACAGUUUACCAUGUUCUUGAGUGGAGUUCUUUAUAGUGGUUAUAUAGCUGUAUUCAUCAUUCCAUCCACAUGGUCCUUUUAUUUCACAUCAGUAGUAAUUGGCAUCGGAGCAGCCAUGCUUUGGACAGCUCAAGGGCACUUUCUGGUGGAGAACUCUGAUGCUUCCACCAUCAACAGGAACACAGGAUUGUUUUGGGCUUUACUGCAGUGCAGUAUGUUGUUUGGAAAUCUAUACAUUUAUUUUGAUUGGAAAGGAAAAACUGAAAUUACAGAUAAAGACAGAAGGAUUAUGUUUACUGCUCUGCUGGUUAUCUCAGCACUCGGGACACUAAGUUUUCUUGCAUUGAGGAAGGUCUGUCAGCAGGAAGAGGUUCUCUCUGAAGAGGAGGGCCAGUCUCUGUUAUCGGCAAGAUUGAAAUAUAAACAAAGAGCAACAUCUGCUGUGACAGAAGCGAAAACACAGUUUAAGACGAUUUUGGAAAUCUUCAAAACAAAAACCAUAUUGCUAUUAAGUUUCUGCAUGGCAUACAGUGGUUUGGAGCUGUCAUUUUACAGUGGCGUUUAUGGAACCUGCAUUGGAGCUACGACACACUUUGGCGAUGUAGCAAAAGGCUUAAUUGGCAUUUCAGGCAUUGUGGUGGGAAUCGGAGAAAUAGUUGGGGGAGGAUUGUUUGGCCUUGUAUUGAAGAAUAACCGUUUCAGGCGCACUUCAGUUGUCUUCUUAGGAAUGGUUGUGCACUUUGUGGCCUUCUACUUGAUAUUCCUCAACAUACCAGAUGACGCACCUGUGGUUUUCCAAACAAGCUCACAACAUAAGCCAUAUCUGGUACCAAGCGUGUCCAUCGCCCUGCUGUGCAGCUUCCUGCUGGGUCUUGGGGACAGCUGUUUCAAUACUCAACUCUACAGCAUUGUGGGCCGGGCGUUUGCUGAGCAGAGUGCACCAGCCUUUGCUAUAUUCAAAUUCAUACAGUCUAUUUUUGCAGCUGUGGCGUUCUUCUACAGUGGUUAUAUACUGCUGACCUGGCAGCUCCUCGUGAUGGUCGUCAUGGGAUUCACAGGAACGCUGUGUUUUUUCAUGGUGGAGAGGAUGCAGAAUAUGUCAGCUGACACACAGGAGUAUUAGUUUGGGGUCUUUCUCAGGACACAUUUCAGUAAGUGUACUACUUGCACUAUUAGUUUGUUGUAAUUAAGAUGAAGUUGGUAGUAUAAAACACUACUCGUGAUUUAUGCGAAAGUGCCUUUGUUUUUGUAGGACUUUUGGGACCUUAAAAAUACAGAUGGAAUUACAGUUAUUAUUUUUUUUAUUUACAUGCUAUGAUAGAAAAUUGUUAGUUGGAAUUGCAUUACGAUUUU